UAUACUGAGUGAGAGAAAUUGGCGUUACACUUGCGACAAAGGACAACUACAUAAUUUGGACAACCAGCGAAGUUUCUACAUCAGAGCAACCUGAUAAGAGUGUGACCUCAGAACAAUAUAAUCUAUUACACCUGAUUUCCGUUCUUAGAUCUCAAUGAAUGAUCAGAUAGGUGAUUGUCCAAACGCAGUGAUCAUACCCAUUGUUGAAAACCUAAAUGACUGGUUUGGAUCCAUAGUGAACUCCAAAGUAGAGAAUACUAAAUCUAUUACACAGUGUCGAAUACAGAAGGUUCCGAGUACAUUGCGAGACAUCGAAGAUAACAAGAAAUACUAUGAUCCCCAGGUGGUUUCCAUCGGUCCUUAUCACUAUGGAAAUCCUAAAUUCGAGGAAAUGGAGAAGAUGAAGAAAGUAAUAGCACGUAUGUUAGUUUCAGAGAGUAAAAUUGCAAAUGAAACGAGUAAGACGCAGGAGACAACAACACCAGAGCUUGUUACAAAUUCAGAGAUAGAAGAGUUAUACAAGAAGGUCGUAAGCAUAGCAGAAGAAGCAAAGAAAAUCUACGCCGGGAAUUUGCCAAAGGAGUUCUACAGAAACAACGACGAACUGUUCAAACGCGUCAUGUUCUUGGAUGGAUGUUUUGUGGUCUAUUUCAUCCACUGUCUGAUCCAUAAUGAGCUCAAGAAAUGGGAGUUGAAGAAUGAAGAUGUAUUUUCCAUAGGGACUGACUUGUUUCUUUUGGAGAACCAAAUUCCUUUUUCUGUCCUCGAUGCAUUGACGACUGAAGCAUUCCCCGAAGAUAAAAAGGAAAGAAUUUUUGACAAGUUCGUUUUGAGACUCGUCUGUUUCGACUCUAAUGACCGUCAACAGCAACAAAAUGAAGAAAAACAAUCUGUUCAUCUGCUUGACCUAUUCCGGAACAAACUCGUCAGCACCAAAAGCCAGGAUCAAGGUAACAGAUAUAAAUCAUUUGAUUUUCAUUACUUGAUUCAACGUUUCUGGAAGAAACAUUUUCAAUCUCGAAGCACAGGGGAGUCAAUUCUGUGGCAUUCAAUCCGUUCAGCGGCCGAGCUUAAACAGGUAGCAGGGAUAAAGUUCAAGAAGAGCACAUCAUUCAACUUGGAUAGUGUCCGUUUCCAAAAGGGACCCUUCUAUGGAGAGUUGACACUCCCUCCAAUUAUCAUCGACCACUCAACCAAGCCUUUGUUUCUCAACUUGUUAGCCUAUGAAAGAUCUUUUCCUCUGGGUGAUUCAAAAGUAGCUUCUUAUAUCUGUUUCUUAGACUCACUCAUUGAUCAAGCUGAUGAUGUGAAAGAGCUGAGAUCAAGCGGUGUACUCUUGAAUUUCCUUGGUAGUGAUCAUGAUGCAGCUGAACUGAUCAAUCAUUUGGCCAAGGACCUGGUGGAUCAUAAUGAAUUUUCACAUGUUACCGGGGAACUUAGAAGGUAUACCCAAUACAAGUGGAGGGUCUGGGUUGCUGAAGUUCGCCGCACAUAUUUCAGUAAUCCUUGGGCUUUCAUUGGAUUAUUGGGUGCAAUAUUUAUUACCAUCCUCAGCAUCGUCCAGACCUACUACUCAAUCUAUCCUCGACAAUCAGCCGAAGAGUUGAAGAAGAUCUAGCUUUUGAUGGAUCAUCGAUCUUGACCUCUCAAGCUUCACCUACUACUGCUUUAGCUAGCUGCUUGUCUAACUGUUUCAUGGUUUGUUUUCUCUGAACCUUAAGCUUUACCUUUAAUUAGUAUAGCCAAUAUAAUAUGGACUGAAGCUUUGUAAGUUGUGUUACUUAUUAAUGUCUGUGUUGUUCUA